AAAUACCUUCUUGAGCUCUCCAUCAAAACACCUCUCAUUACAAGAAGCCAAAUUCAUAUUACAUCAAUACAUACAUAUAUAUAAUGGCUACACAAUACAAGCUAGCAUGUGCAGCAGUUCUUCUCUGCAUGGUGGCGAUUGCGCCCUACGCGGAGGCCGGCAUCUCUUGCAGCACCGUGUACGGCAGCCUGAUGCCCUGCCUGGGCUACAUCAUGGGGAGCGGCAAGCAGGUGCCGGCGGCCUGCUGCAGCGGCAUCAAUUCACUCUACAACGCCGCCGCCGCCACCGCCGACCGCCAGGCCGUCUGCUCCUGCAUAAAAUCGGCCGCCAAGGGUGUCAGUCUGGACGUCAACAGGGCGGCCGGCGUCCUCAGCAAGUGCGGCAUUAGCGUGCCGUAUAAGAUCAGCGCCGACAUGGACUGCUCCAAGGUGGAAUAAGCCGCCAUUGAUGGUGCAGGGAGUACUUGCGUGGGCGUGUGUGUAUGGGAUCAAUCAAAAAAUAAUAAAUAAUAUGAUGAGCUCCUCCCUAUCGUUUGGGAGAAUGGGAGCUCUAUGCCUCUAUGUUAAAUGUUAAUCCCUUGUUUAUAUAUUAAAGUUCUAUAUAUGAAAAGGUAUUGAAGAAGCUUGCUCUUAUAUAA